ACCAAGAAACCGCCAAUCGAUUAUCACCCCAAAUUGGACACCCAUGGGUCCGGACUCUGGACAUACCCGCAAUCCUAAGCAAACGUCUGUCUUCCUCAGCUCUCAUCCUCCUUCCCUCUCUCUCUUCCUUUCUCUCCCAUCCCCGUGUCCGUUCUCUCUUUCCCUCUACUUCCUUCUUCGAUCUCGUAUACGAAAAAGCGCCCCCUUCUCUUCCAUCACUUCUCUCCCUUUCCAUAUUAACCGUAGCUUUUUCAUCCUCCUCGGAUCUCUCCCUCUUCCUCUUGUUGCUCUCCUACGAUCUUCCGAACACCGCUGAGAGCACUCCCCCUUCUGUUUUAUCGUUCUUUCUCUCCACGAACCCAUCCUCGCUCUCUCUUCCCAAACUCUAGGGUUUCUGAAUACCGUAUCAACCCCGCCAAAGCUUUGGAACGGAAAGACAGAUUUCCCCGACAGAGGGGAGAAGGACUCCUGUUAACCUCAGGUAUCUUUAGUGUUUUUGGAUGACCUUGCUACGGCAAAUCAAUUAUGGCAUCCAGUGCGUUGACGGGAGAACGAAGGUGGUCUGCCAGAAGAGGUGGCAUGACUGUUUUAGGGAAAGUUGCUGUACCAAAACCAAUUAACUUGCCCAGUCAAAGGUUGGAAAAUCAUGGUCUUGACCCAAAUGUGGAAAUUGUUCCCAAGGGGACCCAUAGCUGGGGCAGUAGAUCGUCUUCAUCCUCAUCAAAUGCAUGGGGUUCGUCUACUCUGUCUCCAUCUGAUGGUGGUACUGGUUCCCCUAGCUAUCUUAAUGGCCGUCCUUCAUCUGGUGGCGGCACAAGGCCAUCAACCGCGGGUAGCGAUAGAGGCCAUGAACCCAUAGCUAAUGUGUGGAGUUCUAGCUCUAGGCCAUCAUCAGCCUCAGGUCCAUUGACAUCGAAUCAGACAGCGAUCACUGCAUCCCGUCCUCGUAGUGCUGAUACAAGACCUGGUAGCUCUCAGUUAUCUCGGUUUGCAGAACCUUUAUCUGAUAACUCGGUAGCUUGGGGUGCUCUUGGGACUGCUGAAAAACUGCAUGGAGAUUGAUAUCGGAUGCCUUUGGCACCUGACAAGGAAAACAGUAAUAUUUCUGGCUCACUAUAUAUAACUGGAGACUUUUCUUAUGCUUAAUUCUUAUCCAGUUUCAUUUUUCGAUUUGAUAUUCUGGUGUUCUUCAUCCUCACACUGAUAUUAUAGGUUUCAUACAGUGUGCUGUCCUAUUUAGCCUGCUCUGCCUUUCAUUUGUAAAUGUGCUUGGUUUUGUUUGUUGGCAUUUGUUUGGGGUGCUCAUCGGAGAUAUACCAGUGGAUGCAAAGGUCAAUCAGUAUUGAUUCAUAAUUAGGGUAGUUGUUCUGCUGUAAAAGGUCAAAACUUGCUGUUCACCUUUGCAUGUUGAAACUAGCUGCCUAUAGCUGAUAAGGGCUUGCACCUGAACUCUAAUGCGUUCUGAAAUUCUUGCUUACGCAUCCUAAAAGUAUCUGGAGAUGGGGGGACAAUGGGCAUAUAGUCUAGCUCCCUUUCUAAAGCCAAGAAGUCUGGGUGUUUUGAAAAUUAAUCACAACUUUGUGCUGAUGAGAGGGCUGAUAGAAGCAUGCUCAUUAAAGUAGCCAACAGGAUGCGUAUUUGCAAAUAGAACAUUGUCCAUGAAAAUAUGUUGUAAAUGAAUUUAUAUACUGAAUUGUUUUCUGUUGUCAUCCUUCAUUCUUUUGGUUGACAUAUUUUUCUCAUAAAAUCUGUUCAUUGUGUUGUUGCCUUUGCAAAUGCAGGGGGUGGCACAGUCUAAAAAGGAUAGCUUCUCUCUUACUUCUGGCGAUUUCCCAACUCUUGGCUCUGAAAAGGAAAAUUUUACAAAUAACACAGAUACAGCAGAGCAUGUUUUUCCUCAUGACUCGCCUUCUGGUGGAGAAUCUGUUAAAGAGAGGACAGCUGAUGCUGUAGCCGUGGAUUCUGGAAGUGCAGAUGUGAAGAGCGACAAUACAAAUGCUUGGAGAAGAGAGAGUUCCUUUUAUGAGAGAGAGGGAGUUAGGCCCAAUGUUGAGCAAUGGCAUGCUGAUCCUCAUUCAUAUCCUAAUUCUACUAUCCCUCAACAUUUUGAUGCUUGGCAUGGCCCUCCCUUGAAUAAUCAUCCUGGUGGUGGUGGUUGGUAUAGGGGUCCUCCAGGUGGUCCACCAUUUGGGGCCCCAGUUGGACCUGGUGGAUUCCCUAUGGAGGCAUUUCCUUAUUACCGGCCUCAGAUUCUCCCAGGCACCAUGGCAAAUGCACAGCCGGUUCCCCCACAGCCAUCAGGUGGUCCAAGAGGUCCUCACCCACAACAUGGAGAUGUGUUCAGACCACCUCCCAUGCAUGAUGCUUAUAUUCGUCCCGGCAUGCCAAUUAGACCUGGGUUUUAUCCAGCACCGGUUCCUUACGAGGGUUAUUACGGUCCUCCCAUGGCAUACAACAACAAUGCUAGUGAACGAGACAUUCCUUACAUUGGAAUGCCUGUGGGUCCUGGUGCAUAUAACAGAUAUCCAAAUCAAAAUGCUCAUGAAUUUGGUAAUUCCCAUGGAAGAUCCAGUGGGUAUGGCUCUAAUACUGGUAAAGGAUUUGUUUCAGAACAACUGGAAUCUGGUCAUCAUCCUCAUGAUGCUCAAGGGCCACAUAAAGUUCUUCUGAGGCAACGUGAAGGGUGGGAUGGAAAAGCUGGGGAGCAGAAGUGGGAUGAUAACAGAACAGCCAAUGUGGUACAUCCUGGGAAGGGAGACCACCCAAGAAAGUCAGCUUUGGAGAAUGGCCGGAGAACAGACCAGAUCAAGAGAGACAAUGGUGUUGAAACAAAAAGAGUGCUUUCUGGGAGAGAUUCUGUCACUGUUGACCACAAAGUUGGUGCUUCUUCUGUCAGAUUGAAAGGCACUGAAAAUUGUGGGAAGUCAAAUCCAUCUGAUACGGGUCUUGAUCAGAUAUCAGAUCAUGCGGAACACAGAGCUUCCUUUUCUGAAUCAGUGUCAUGCUCUAGAGACCCCAGUCUUAUUAAAAAAAUUGAAGGUCUCAAUGCUAAGGCUCGGGCUGCUGAUGGAAGGCAAGAUGCCAAAUCUGUGAGUAGUAGAGAUGAGCAGAAGAAUAGGCCAAAAUCUGACAGUAUCAGGAACAAUCAUCAUCCUGUAAAUGAAGCUGUCAUUCCUCUGGAAAAACCAGUAUAUGAUGGGUCUGUCAACCCCGGCUCCUUUGAUGAUCAGAGUUCUGGAAGAGAUAAGAGUCUCGACUUGACAGUUAAAAGUGGUGGAAUGGGUAUAACAAGGUCUACUCAGGGCAUCCAUAUCAGAACGAUUUAUCGUGAUAGUAGAAGAUCUAAUACUCAGGAUACUGAUAGUUGGAGGCGAAUGACUCAAGUUACCGAAUCGAAUGAUGAUGUUUCAAUUGUAAAUGGAAGUUCUGUUGGGCACAUCCAAGACUGUGCAUCUGCUGAGGUCACUGAGAAGUCUGUCUCACAUCAAGGCAAUGAUGGGGAGUCAAUGCUACAAGCAUCUGAGCCAACUGAUACCCAGGCACAGCGAGCUAUGAUGAGAGAGCUAGCUCGCCAGAGACUCAAACAGAGAGAGAAGGAAGAAGAAGAGCGAACUAGAGAACAGAAGGCGAAGGCUCUUGCCAAACUAGAAGAGCUGAACAGGCGAAUGCCGGCGGGAGAAGGUUCCUCUCGGAAGCUUGAAACUUUAUCUAGUACUACUUUGCUCAAUGAGCAAGUGGAGUUGCUGAACUCUGCACAACCACCUGUAACUGUCAAUGCGUCUACAGCUAAUACUGUUGUGGCUUCCAACUCGGUUGCAGUGGUACCUACUAAUGAAGGAAUCACAAAUAGAGUUGAGAUAACUACCCGUUCAUCUAAUGAAGUACUGUCACAAGAGUCCAAGAAGAAUUCCAGCGAAGCUCCUUUUGUGAUGCAUGAGCCAUCAAAAUCACGGUGCCAGGAAUCUGGUGGUGAAAAUGUCAUUAAUAAUGUCAGACAGGAGCAUGAUGAAACUGGGGAUUCAAAGCAGAAGCACAUGAACUACAGGCAGAAGCAGAACAGUUAUUUGGAGAAGACUUCUGGUGACGAGGUCUCCUUGACCGCAACUGAUGCAUCAAAAAGUCAUAAUACUGGUGCAAUGCCUGAUCCUUCUGCCCCUCUUCAGGCUAUUGCUCAUGGGACUGAUUUGCCUGUCAGCCCAAGUGCAACAGCCGAGUCUUCAGCAGCACAUCCUAGGAGGAAAAACAGGAGUACAAGGAACAAGCAAAAAGUGGAGGAUGCAGCACCUUCUACUGCGGUUUCACCAGCAUUGGCUGCCUCCAAAGAUACAACUGCGUUGGAGGUUUCAGACGAAUGUGUCAAACCAAAAACUCCAGAGUCCUCCGUUGCAGCUCCUAGCUCAGUUCAGCUGGUCUCUGGUCGCAGAGGAGGAAACAGUCAGCAGCAUAUGGACCAACAUCCUACAUCACCAAAUGAAGAUAUCCAGGUCAAGUCUAGUAGUAACCAGUGGAAACCUCAACCCUCUCGAAGGAUGUCAAGGAAUCCACAGGCCAAUAAUAAAACGAUGGAUAAUAAAUUCCAUGGAAGUGAUACUGUCAUCUGGGCUCCAGUGCGGUCACAUAAUAAUAAAUCUGAAGGUGCCACUGAUGAAGGGGAUAAGAAAGUUGCUGCUAGUCUACCUCCUGUAAAAAGUGGCGACCAGCAGGUGCAUAAUACUCCUACAAAGAACAAAAGGGCAGAAAUGGAAAGAUAUGUUCCAAAGCCAGUAGCAAAAGAGAUGGCCCAGCAAGGAAAUGCUAACCAUCCUGUGGCUUCUUCUCCUGUCGUUGUCCAGAUGUCUGCACACGAGACUGUUGUUGGCAGUUUAUCAAUUCCUUUGGGGCCUGUAAGUUCACAAACCACCGUCACCCUCCAGUUUGGUUCCAUUGCUGAAGCCACCAGGAAUGGGGAGAGCUCCAGACAGAUUAAGCCUGGGAAGGUACAGGGGUCAUCGUGGCACCAACGUUCUUCAGCUGAAUCACAAACUUCAACCUCAAAUCCUAGUUUUCAGAAGUCAACCGAGAGUCAGCAGCAACCUCAGAACAGAUCAGACGCAACAAGUUCAGUGAAAGAGCAGCCGUCAGAACCAACUGAUGAAUGGACAGAUGGUUGGACAAUGCCUGAAGAGCCUAAUGCACCAAUGCCAGUCUCUAGUUUUAAGGAUCAGACAGCUACUGCCAGGGGAAGACGGCAGCCACAGAAGGGGCAAACUAGAGUAGGACACAAUCCCGACAGUGUGGAGACACAAAUCGGCGGGGACAAUGAAAAGGCUCAUACUCAGUCUUGGCAGCCCAAGUCCCAGUCAACUUCUGGUACUGGUCAGCGGGCAAAGAAGACUAAUAAUAAUGAUGGUCAGAAUGUUGCUGCAGAAGCAAGUAGCAGGGCAAAUAAAAGGGGUCCAAGUUCGACUGCUGUGGGGGUGUCUGUACCACCACCUAAAGAUAAGGAAGUAGCUACUGGAAGGGCAACUGAAGUGUAUCCUUCUGAUAAAGAGGGUGGUAGGAGGGAGAGGAAGGUGACCUCUCACAAAGGACAUAACAACUCUACUAGCCCUGUGGAGCCAGCAGCUUACGACCAAAACUAUCCCUCUUCAGGAUACAGGAGAGGCGGUGGAAACCAGUUCAACAAUGAUCAUCGCGAGGCUCGUGAGGAAUGGAGUGGAACUGCAAGAGAUAACAACAGGCAACAUAAUGUACCAGCAGCAAACAGGGAAAGGCCGACGAGGCAAAGUUCUCAUUACGAGUACCAACCAGUUGGGCAACAAAAUAAAAGCAAGGGAAGUAACUUUGAGCCUUCUUCCAAAGAUGGAUCUCAUGCUUCUUCAGGCUCAAGGUUUAGGGAAAGGGCUCCGAAUCACGCUAGACGUGGCGGGGGCGAGUUUCAUGGACGUCGAGGUGGCAGUUUUAGGGUAUUAGAGACUAAUAAUGAUUAGAGAUGGUUAUGACGUGACAUGGGUUUUCUCUCUGAGGAGUGUCUGCUUUGCUUUGCGGGUUUGCAGAUUGGCUCGUCCUUCUCCACGCUUGCAGGUAACUGGAGUUUGGUUGUAGGGUUGAGCUGUAGGUACAGCUUAGCUUAAUUACUUCCACUGAUGAUGCCAUGAUGAGUUAACCAGGAUUUGGAGCAAAAAGAGAACAUAUUCGGCUGAAGGAGAGAUGGUGGAGAUUGUGGAAGUUGGUUGAUGCCUUCCUUUGAUUGCAUAUUUCUUUUAUUCCCCGUCUGUCUUGUUGGUGGAUGAGAUUUGAACCAAAGUAAUUUGAAUGGCAGCAAGCUUGCUGUUUGGAACCCCAGUGGUUUUGAGCGGCAGUAGUUCUCAGUUUCAUUUUUCUUUGCUGUCUGUUAUGAAAAAGGAACCUCCCUUUUGGAAGGAAUGAAAGUAGAAUGAAGAGCCUUUGGUGGCACUUCCACUUUAAUCUCUCUCUGGGCUUCUGGCUUUAUAAUUUGUUGCCCAUGAAGUAGUGCCAGUUGGUAAUAAUGGUCUCAACUUGUUGAACUUAGGGGGAAGAGACUUGCUGAGUUAAGGAGGAUUGGCUUUGGCGGAU